UUGAGACCACCAAUGGACUGCAUCUGUAGCGAGGUAGUGAUUGAGGGAAGUUUUCAAUACGGAGUUCCGACUACCGACGCCAUUGUGACGUCGGAACAGCCCCUCUUUAUUCAACGCCGAGUCGACCGCAACAAAUGAAACAUCAGUGGGAUAAUUUGAUACUUUGUAGCUGCGUUGUAUUCAAACGUUUUUGAGAACUCACCUUCUGCCAUGCGCGCGUGAGAAUCUCAAAAUCUUGUAGGAGGUGAGAAAGUGUAAGAAUGAAAGUUAGUCGCCGUUCACUAACAAAGCCAGAAGAAGAAAGUGACCAGUACUCUAUAGCGGGAUGUAGUCUGACCUGGAGAGAGUUGUUCGUCAACAUGUUUGUCCAGUCCUGGAUACCCUACAGCAUCUCAUGAUGAACGGCACUAUGAAUGGGACAGCAAUGGCCAACACCACUAACGACCUAGAUGACAUUGGUGCUGUAGUCCUGGAGUCUGUCUCUAUCAUCAUCAUAGCCAUGCUGGCAUGUCUGGGGAACCUGGUCAUUGUGGUGACGCUGUAUAAAAAGCCCUACUUACUGACACCCAGCAACAAGUUUGUUUUCAGCCUGACCUUAUCUAAUUUGCUGCUUUCUGUACUAACGCUGCCCUUUGUUGCAUCCAGCUCGGUGCACAGGGAUUGGAUGUUUGGGGUGGUGUGGUGCAACCUCACAGCAUUGCUCCAUCUACUCGUCUGCUCAUCCAGCAUGCUUACACUGGGGGCCAUAGCCAUUGACAGGUACUAUGCUGUGUUGUAUCCCAUGAUCUACCCCAUGAAAAUCACGGGAAACCGAGCUGUGCUUGCCAUCGUUUAUGUGUGGCUCCACUCCCUGGUCGGAUGUCUGCCACCACUAUUUGGAUGGUCUGCUUUCGAGUUUGACCGUUUCAAGUGGACUUGUACAGUGGCUUGGCACAAAGAGAUCAGCUAUACCGCCUUCUGGGUUACGUGGUGCUGCCUUCUGCCCCUGGUGGCAAUGCUAGUCUGCUAUGGCAUCAUCUUCCGCGUGGCCCGCAUCAAAGCACGCAAGGUUUACUGCGGUAGUGUGGUGGUGGCUCAAGAAGAGUCCAGUUGUCAGAAGAAUAGCCGCAAGAACUCCAAUACUUCCACUUCAUCUAGUGGUAGCCGCAAGAACCUGAUCUACUCCGGGAGCCAGUGCAAGGCCUUUGUCACCAUUCUGGUAGUGCUGGGGACUUUUCUGACCACUUGGGGUCCGUAUGUUGUGGUGAUUAGCAGUGAAGCACUGUGGGGUAAAGACAGUGUUUCUCCACAGAUUGAGACAUUGGUCUCUUGGCUGUCCUUCACCAGUGCUGUUUGUCACCCACUUAUUUAUGGACUGUGGAACAAGACUGUACGUAAGGAGCUGUUGGGCAUUUGCUUCGGCGAUCGUUAUUACAGAGAGUCUUUUGUUACACGACAUAGGACCUCUCGCCUAUUUAGCAUCUCCAAUCGGAUAACAGAUCUGGGGAUGUCUCCUCACCUCACGGCCAUGUUAGUGGGUGGUGGGCAGCUGUUGGGGCAUGGCAGCAGCACAGGAGACACUGACUUCAGCUACACACUAGACUCUGCUACAGACAUCAUGCUGUUGGACAGCUACAGCUCAGAGCCCUCCCACACAGCCCACUGUGCUGCCAAUAAGAGAAGUUCUGUCACAUUUGAGGACCAAGUGGAUCACAUUUCUAAAGGUGAUCCCUCAACGGUACAAGUGACAGCAGACAUCCAUAAGUCUUUGGACAGCUUUGCAUUCUCUCUAGCGAAGGCUAUUGAGAAUGAUGCUAAGCUUCAACUCUUAGGGGAAUGGACUCAAAUUCCCACCAGCCUGUUUACAGUACUAAAUACACAGAGAGGUCCCCGAUAUUUGGAUGGAAAGAGACUCAGGAUGGAAAUCAUUGAUGAAGGAAACGUUAAAGAUGAUGAUGAGGAAGAGGAAGGGCCAGGAAGAAAUAGUUGAUAGUUCCAUGUAGUUUCUUGACUCUGUGACAUUAAAGGACCAGAUCAUUGCCUUGAAGGUACAGAACAUUAAUGAAAUGUUUACAAAAACAUGUGCAAAGCAUGAUUUGUGUAAUUUCCAUACUAGUUAAAGAACUUGGAGUAUUCCCUGGUGUGACCAAAUACUUGCAAUGAUUAUGAAGUGGAUGUACCUUUUAAAUGUCAGGUACUAGCCCUACUGUCUCCAGAAUAAGUUAU